CAGGGCUCCCAGAGAGACCACAAGGAGCGAGCGGAGACGAAGAGGAACCAGCAGAACCCGACGCAGCAUCAGGGACGAGAAGACGGAGAAGAGGAGCAAAGAACCAACAGAACAGGGAAACAUCAACAGGAACCUCAGAGCACAGGAGGAAGAACCCUGAGGAGGAACAGUGGAGAACCAACUGAAACUCAGUGUGGAACUACUGACACACACACACACACACACACACACACACACACACACACACACACACACACACACACACACACACACACACACACACAGUCAUGUCACAGUUUUGAAGAGUCGCAGAAUAAGUGUUCUUACUCUGCACAAAGAGAAUAGAAGAUUCCUCCCUCUCUGCCCCCCCUCCCUCACACCCAUCAUGCCUGUCCUCAAGAACCUCCCGGUGCGCCUGAAAGGCGGCGGCCCGACUCUCGACAACACUUGGAUCCUGCGCAGGAUGAGCCUCAACAUCACCCCCCACCACAACCCCUUCGACGACGACAGCAUCCACGACAACAGUGGCCAUGGCGACCACUGGUCACCUGGCAACUCGCUCCUGGACGGCGAGGUGCCGAGGGACCGCAACCCAUUUGAGGACGAAGAGGACGAGAAUGAGGCCAACGAGGGGAAGAAGGGAAGCGGAGGAGGAGGCACAGCGAAGAGUUCCUUCAAGUUCAAGUCUCCGCUGAAGAGUCUGGGAAAACUGGGGAAGACGCUGAGAGCGUCCGGGAGGAGCAAAGGAAGUGCCACUCCCUCCCCACAGGGGUCACUGCAGGGAACGCCGUCACCUGCAGAGAAGAAGAAGAGAGGCAGGAGAAGCUCUGAAGGGAGUCUGCUCAGGUUUGCGGGGAAAUAUCGUGACACCCUGAGCUCCUAUAAGGAGUCUUUCACCAACGGUGAGCUCAACGGUUCUGAGAGCGAGUGCGACUCCACCAGCCGCCGCCUGUCUUUCAUGAAGUUGGUCGGUCUGGGGAAGCUGAAGAAGGAGUCGAUGGCCGACCACUUGUCUCAGGGGCCCGAGGAGCAGCCGGUGCAGGAGGAGGUGCUGGAGGAGGUCAAACCCCGAGAGCCGCUGUCAGUCCUGGAGAUCCUGCAGCUCGUCAAGAAGCGUGACCUGUUCCUGGCCGACUCUCACAUCCUGGAGCUGGAGCAGGAGUGUAACGAGUCCGCCGUCGCUGAGCGAGGCGCCCUGACGCAGCCGGAGGACAACAGCGCUAACGUGAAAGAUAGCGGGCGGAGGAAGGCGAAGGACGUGGAGCUGCUGUACGAGGAGCUGCAGAAGGAGCUGUGGGCUGUGGUCAGGGAGUCUCUGAGGUCCCCCACCGCGGGGCCCAACCUGGGCCUGGUGGUUCAGGUGCUGCAGCAGGAGGAACAGGCUGAUAAAGACUGGGCCCUCAGUGGGGGAGCAGCCCCUGGGGGCCCGAGGCCUCGUCAGCUGAAGCAGAGGUGGAGGGAGGCGGUGGAGGAGGCGGCUGACGGCUCGCUGCCUCAGAGGGCGGAGUUCACCGCCGGAGAGCUGGACGGAUAUCUGGGCCGCCUCCGAGCCCGGGUGGUGGAGGACCUGGGGGCCGCCAACAGGAACGUGGUCUCCAUUUACCCUGAGGAGUUCCAGGCCUUCCAGGUGUACGUGCAGAGUUACCAUCAGGCGGUUGCUAGGCGACUGAAGGCCAUCACUGACAACCAGCUGGAGAUCACAGACAUCUACUCGCUGCUGGACUGGCUGCACAACGUCUACGACAGUGAUGUUCUGGGGACCGUGUGCAUCACGAGUCCGUUCAGUCGCUCACAGCUCAGCACUCUGCUGCCCCUAGAGACCGUGGACAGACUGCAGCUGGACUGUCUGAACUCCGUCAGGGCGAAGGUGACCACGGAGCUGAGUCAGGUGCUGGACGAGGAGGAGAAGCGAUGGAUGGAGACGCUCCACAUCGAGGAGUUUCACAUCACUCUGGCCAAGACCGUCAUACAGCGGCUGCAGGUGGAUCUGGAGCGCUCGGCCUCCAUCAACCGGAGUUUGGGCUCCAGAGUCGCUCAGUGCUGCCUCAAUGGUCUGGCUGACUUCCUCUACAGUUUCCAGCGUAAAGUUGACAUGUUCCAUGAGGGGAUGCAGAGCGGAAUGUUUGGAGACAAUGAAGAUGGAUACGUGUCCAAAACCAUCGCCCUGGUCAACUGCUGUCCUCCGUUCAGGGGUUUCGUGCAGCGCUGUGCUCAGUGUGAUCCGUCAGUCAGUGAGGACUCUCUGCAUCGAGCCAAUAAAGCUCUGGAUCACAUCGUUCAGCAGGGAGUUCGAGUCCUGUCAGAACGACUCUACCUACACAUCAGGCCGUUCUUCGAGCGGCUGGUGAAGAGGAAGUGGCUCAGUAACUCGGAGCCGUACGAUCAGAUCGAAGCGCUCGUCAAAGAUCACUUUAAGAAGUAUCACAGGAUGGACAGUCCUCCGUAUCAGCUGCUGGUGGCCGAGGUCCACCGCCGUGUGGUCAUGGAGUACCUUCGCUCGGUCAUGCGAGGCAGAAUCAUCUGCACCUCCAUGAAGAUGAGGAAGAGGAUGGCUGGGCGCCUCAGGGACGAAGGCACACAGAUCAAAGUCCUCUUCAAAGACCUGGAGUCUCCAUCCAGCUGGUUGGACAGCGCGCUCUCUCACAUCUCAGAGAUCAUCCAGCUGGAGGACGUCCCGUCCGUCCAGAUGGAGGUGGGAGUUCUGGUCAGAGAGUUUCCGGACGUCAGGAAGAAACACGUGUCGGCCAUUUUGAACAUCCGGGGGACGACUCGGCAGUCGGAGCGUCAGGAGAUCCUCAACAUCGUCAAGGACCUCGAGAGCAGCGACGGCGGCAGCAGCUCGGCUCGGCUUCCCCGUGACCGCGGCCUCUUCUCCGAGGUGCCCGUCACCUCCGAGGUUCACUGCCUGAACGUGGGCCUGAGCCGCAUCGCCCUCACUGCCUCGUCCUGCUUCACCGCGCUGAGACCACGCCGACGCAAAACCCGCACGCCCGUCCAGGAGAACCCCGACGAUGUUCUCUGAGAGGAGUCACCAGGUUUCAGUUCUUCCGUCUGACAGGAAGUGAAACUGAGGCUUUUGGUUUGUUUUUAAUCAAACUCCAUAAAGAGUCAGGAUUAUUGUCCAUGAAACCGUCAGUGCAAACCACAGAAACACGUUUGAUCACAAACAUGACGUCAUCAGCUCAGAAUAAAACCUGAUCAUUGUCAGAUCUGCUUCAAUAAAAUGCAACAUCGAUCAAUCGUGUGAACGUCGGAGACUUUAAAUUCAGCUGAAUCAGUCCAACAAGAUCGGAGCAUCUGUUUGUAUCUGUUUGAUUCACACUGAUAGUUGAGUUCAGCAGGCGAACCUGAGUGGGACCUGGCUUUCAGAUGAUCAGAAAAUAAUAAUAUUCAGAGGCAGAAAUCCCAGUGGACUCAUUUUAAAGCUUCACCUAAAUAUUUCCAAUCAACACACUGAGAAUAAUGAGUCAGCAGAUCAACAACAUGUGAAGUGUAAUGAAAAAGAAAGAGACACAUGAUCUUCACAUGUUUAACAGGUUCCACUUCCUGUUUGUCAUGAAUCACCUGCAUCAUGAUUUUAUAUUUGAUGAUUUCAGAUUUGAUUUGUUUGUUUUUUAAAUAUGAGACAUGUUCAGCUUCAUCGCUGUUUGAUUUCUGGACUUUGAGCUGAAAGGCACUUUAUCAAGGGUGGACGAGAGGAGAGCAGUUCUCUGGACUGAAGUGGACUCUGGACUGAAGUGGACUCUGGGACAAAGACCAGAACUAGAGGACCUAACCACAGUUCAGUUCAUCAGAGCUGCUCAUGUUCCUCUUCUGCUUCCUGUCGUUCAGGAUCUGGACUGAGAGAGAACUGCUCGCUGGUUUUUAUACUUCAGGGUUUCACGGGAGUUUGUUUUGGGGUUUCGGGGUUUUGACAUGGAGAUGCUUCAUGACAAUAACUGCACAGUUGUAGUUUUAUUGUUGCACAGGAUAUAAGAGAAAAGACGUUUUAAUCAAAGGUACUAGACAGAGUUGUGAGUCUCUUCAGCUGAUUGUGUAUUUAAAGCAUUGAUUAUGGCUCCAGCUCGUUGGUGUGAUGAGGUUUCUGAUAAAUUCUUCAGAGAUAUACGCAGGUUUAUUAUUUGUGUUUUCGGAGUAACCGACUUUUACUUCAGAAUACGUGAAACCAGAGGGCUCCCUCUGCUGGUGUUUGACGGACAUCACCACACAAUCUUCUGAUUCUACGUUUCCUCAAAUCAGUGGUUCUUGAGUUUGUAAACCAACUUUUCACUGAUCUUUUUAUUCAGUAUUUCCAGGAACAAUGUGCUGUUGGUUUGAUGCAUUCAAGGUCGACGUUUAAGAUCUCCAUCAUCACAAACACUCGGACACACACUGAGUGUGUCGAUCAUGUCUCUGUCUCCUGUAGAUGUGGAUGCAUGAAAUACAACUUUGUGUAGAGAAUAAAACAUCAGAUCAC